CCCCUGGCUGCGGCGCCAGUCACUGCGUGGGGCCCAGCGUCCCAACUCCCGGGCUCGGAAUGGAGGGAGAGGAGCCGCGGGCAGACUCAUCUACCUUGGACCUGUUUUGACAUUUACCAGCUUAUUUCUGAGUUGAGGUUCUGACUCCUUUUCCUUUCAUACUUAUUUGGUGCAGAGGAAAGAGAGAUUUUUUUUUCUGAAAAUGAAUUUGACAGACCACCUUCAGAUAGCUCCCAAUACCACCUUGCCAUUCUCCCCAAAAGGCAACAACACCUAUUUCCAGGAAGAUCUGCAGGAGAUCAUUCACACAGCCACCUUGGUGACUUGUACCUUCCUGCUUGUUAUCAUCUUCUUCAUGGGUUCCUAUGGCAACAUUAUUGUUUUCAUGUCCUUCUUUGACCCAGCUUUCAGGAAGUUCAGGACCAACUUUGAUUUCAUGAUUCUGAACUUGUCCUUCUGUGACCUCUUCAUUUGUGGAAUGACAACUCCCAUGUUCACUUUUGUGCUAUUCUUUAGUUCAACUGCCAAUAUCCCUGAUGCUUUUUGUUUCACCUUUCACCUCACAAGUUCUGGCUUCAUCAUCAUGUCCCUCAAAACAGUGGCAGUGAUUGCCCUUCACCGACUUCGAAUGGUGCUGGGGAAGCAACCUAAUCGCACUGCCUCCUUCCCGUGUACAUUGAUCCUUACCUUACUUCUUUGGGCGACUAGCUUCACCCUGGCUGCCCUGGCUACAUUGAAAACUAGCAAGUCACACCUCUGCCUCCCCAUGUCCAGUUUGAUUACCAGAGAAGGCAAAACCAUCCUUUCUCUGUAUGUGGUUGAUUUCACCUUUUGUGUGGUGGUGGUCUCUGUCUCCUACAUCAUGAUUGCUCAGGCUCUGAGGAAAAAUGCUCAGGUAAGAAAAUGCCCUCCAGUCAUCACCGUGGAUGCUUCCAGACCUCAGCCAUUCGUGGGAAGGUGCCAGAUGGGAGGCGCCGACAGCAUCCAGGGUGCUGGACCAGCUUUAUAUAGGAACCAGAACUUCAACAAACCACAGCACGUACAGACCCACGGAUACACCCAGUGUUCCAACCAGUUACCAACUCCUGCAGCCAGUCGACUCCAGCUAGUCUCUGCUGUCAAUCUGUCCACUGCAAAGGAUUCUAGAGCCGUUGUUACAUGUGUAGUCAUUGUGCUAUCUGUGCUGCUUUGCUGCCUUCCCUUGGGUAUUUCUCUGGUACAGUUAGUUCUGUCAAGCAAUGGGAGCUUUAUCUUUUACCAGUUUGAACUGUUUGGAUUUACCCUCAUAUUUUUCAAAUCAGGAUUAAACCCUUUUAUAUACUCUCGGAACAGUGCAGGUCUGAGGAGGAAAGUCCUCUGGUGCUUCCAGUAUAUAGCCCUGGGCUUUUGUUGCUGCAAGCAGAAGACCAGGCUUCGAGCUAUAGGCAAAGGGAGCCUGGAAGUCAAUAGGAACAAGUCCUCCCAUCAUGAAACCAACUCGGCCUACAUGUUGUCUCCAAAACCUCAGAAAAAGUUUGUGGACCAAGCUUGUGGUCCAAGUCACUCAAAAGAAAGUGUUCUGAGCCCCAAGGUCUCAGCUGGACAUCAGCACUGUGCUCAGAGCAGUUCAACCCCCAUCAAUACUCGAAUUGAACCUUAUUACAGCAUUUACAACAGUAGCCCAUCCCAAGAGGUGAGCACCCCAAAUAGUGUACAACCAGUGAAUGCUUUUGGAUUUACUAAAAUGAACAUUGCUAAGCAUUAUCACACCACUAAUGAUUUAAUGCAAGACUGUGACAGCAUUUCUGCCAAGCAAAUUCCUAUUCCCUCAGUUUGACACAGUAGAGACUAUAGAAUCUUGUUUAAGCUUCCUUUGAGUUUACAACCCAUUUUAAAAGUAUUUCAUUUAAAUGUAUAUGGGGGAGGGAGGGAGGAAAGAGGGAAGGAGGGAAGUUCAACGGAGGGAGGGAGGGAAGGAGAGAGAGAAUGAAUGAAUGUAGGCAAUCGUUUGCAGUUCUAAACUAAAAUUAAAGAUGCAAAUAAUUACCAAUUGCCAAUUGAUUUUUUAAACCUAUGAAUGCUCAGUUAUUUGCCCUUGAAUGAAAAUUAGUAUUUAGUGAUUCCUUUGCAUUGUUCUGGAAAUUGUAUGGGUUGACAUUAAAAUAUAUUGUUUAGAUUUAUAGCCUGAUCCGUAUAAUAGUUUUAUUAAUUAUGUCUAUAUUCACUCUUUGAAUAGACAAAAGAAGUUAUCAUGAAUUACAUUAAAAUAGUAAAUCAACAAUUUGCGAAGAAUCACUGUAUUUGUGUUUGAAUUAUGAAUUUGUUGUAUUCUUAAAGAAUGUAAAAUAAUAGAUUUGUUAAAGGGCAUUUUUGAGGAGGCAGUUUUUUAAUGAAGGAAUGAUGAAGUCUGCAUUUUUCCAAUGUUUGAAAUAGUUUUUUUAAAAGUAUUUUCCUAUAGUUUAACUGAAUGUUUUGCUAUGGCAGAAUAUAAAAAAUUCUUUGCACAUAAAAAAGAGUUCUUCUUCCAGAAGCAUUAGGUCCUCUUGUCCAAUAAGACAGUAGACUAAGUAUGCAACAUCUUAAUUAUUGCUAUUCUUUAUUAUAGACAGCACCAUAUUGAGUCAAUUCAAUGGUUAUAAGAAAAGAGAGAGAGAUUUGGGAGUUUAUUAAAAGCAAAUGCUUCAUUAAUGAAUAAUUUUGUUCAAGAGUUUAGGGAACGUGGCUCUAUCUUAUAUAGUACUCUUUAUGAAAUAGGAACCAUGAAUCUCUGUAAUUGUUUUGGUCGGAUCUUACAUGGGAAGCAAUAAUAAUUCCUUUGUGAAAAGAAGUUGGAAUGAGAAUGGGAAUUUUGCUUAACAAUUUUACAAAUAAGAGUAAUCAAGAAAUAACAAAAUUCUAACAAACUUGGGGGUUUUAUUUUUUUUUUUUUUUUUGGUCUUUACUUAUUUACUAAGUGAAUUCUUAGUAGUGAAUUAUUAAGAUUAUCUUCAAUGUCAUUUCAAAGUAUCUUUUGUUCCUUUAGUUAUCUAUGAGUUGCAGAUGUGCAGCGGUUAAAAAAAAAAAUUAAAUAUUGCUUUAGUGAUGACUUAUUUUGUUGUGCAUUGCGAUUCUAGCAUAAUUGAAAAGUAUAUACAUUCAGAAACAGUUUUCAAUUGCUUUCUAUUCCUAAUAUAUACUCAUUCAUUAUUUCCUGAUUGACUAUUAAUUUGAAUGUUUUGGUUUUGGUUUGGCUUGGUUUGUUUGUUUUUUAUUUUUUUAUUUUUAUUUAGUCUUUGGAUAGCAUAGUGGACUGGAAAUAUUGCUGGAUACAAUGUCAGGAGACAUAGGAUCAAUUUUUGCCUUCAGCAUUUACUAGAUGUUUGACUAUAGGCAAGUCACUAAACCUCUCUGAGCCUCAGUUUCUUCAUCUGUAAAAUGGAUAUAAUAAAAAUCUUAGCUCCUACUUCACAGAGUGGUUGUGAGGAUUAUAACAAGAUAAUAUAUAUAAAGCACCUUGCACUUAAAACAUUGUAUAAAGUCUGCUUUUUUUUUUCCCUUCAUUUUUAAAGCCUUUGUAUUUUUGUUCAGGGCACAAUAGUUGUUUGUUGUUGUUGUUGUUGUUGUUUGUUUGUUUGUUUUUAAUUAACAGCUACCCCUUCAUUUUAAGUUCUGAAUACUUUUGUAAAAAAAAAAAAAUUAAUCAUUCAUAUUGGUUCUGUUUUUU